GGCAGUCAUUUCCUGGUUUCUUUGUUCAUGAAUCAGAUUGUAACUAUUUCUUUCACUUUGGAUUUGUGGUUACUUGAGCUAAUUUAAGUGAUGCAAAAGAUGAGUCUCCUUAGGGCGUUUCCUCUUUUAAAAGUGUAUGUGGUGUUUUAUUGUAAACAGGUUUCUUCCGAGGAAACUUUUCUCUACAGGCUUACUGCAUCAUCCAUUUAGGAAAGAAAUCCCAUCUAUAUAUACUAAUCCCUACAUAUUUUUGUAUUUGUUACUCAUGUGUAUGUUGGUUUUUACUUAUUUUUUCAAAACAUUUCCAAAGGUUCUUCUGAAGUAACUUUGAGCUGACUCAGUCUUUGCUGAUUACUAGACACUUUCCUUUGGGUUACUCUCCGCCCACUUUGGGACUUGUAAAUGCUUACCCUUCUAUUGGUUUCCUCUGGCCACUGAGUAUAUGAGUAAAUGUCACAUGCAUGUGGUAUUGCUUGUCAGGGAGUGGAAUUCUAAGACUUCCUCUACAUAGAACAGUUUAACUUCUGUGCUUCUGGGCAGAGGAAUGGUCCUUGGAACAGUCCUGCUUCCUCCCAAUAGUUAUGGCAGAGAUCAGGACACAUCGCUUUGCUGCCUGUGCAGUAGUGAGGCCUCAGAAACUGCUCUACCCAACGUGACAGAUCACUUUGCCAGCUGUGUGGAGGAUGGCUUUGAGGGAGACAAGACUGGAGGCAGUAGUCCAGAAGCCUUGCACCGCCCCUAUGGUUGUGAUGUUGAACCCCAGGCACUGAAUGAAGCCAUCAGGUGGAGCUCCAAGGAGAACUUACUUGGAGCCACUGAGAGUGACCCUAAUCUCUUUGUUGCACUUUAUGAUUUUGUGGCGAGUGGUGAUAAUACACUCAGCAUCACUAAAGGUGAAAAGCUACGAGUCCUUGGUUACAACCAGAAUGGUGAGUGGAGUGAAGUUCGCUCUAAGAAUGGCCAAGGUUGGGUGCCAAGCAACUACAUCACCCCAGUGAACAGCUUGGAAAAACACUCCUGGUACCAUGGGCCCGUGUCGCGCAGCGCUGCGGAGUACCUGCUCAGCAGUCUGAUCAAUGGCAGCUUCCUGGUGCGGGAGAGUGAGAGCAGCCCUGGGCAGCUGUCCAUCUCGCUCAGGUACGAGGGCCGUGUGUAUCACUACAGGAUCAACACCACCACAGACGGCAAGGUGUAUGUAACUGCCGAGAGCCGCUUUAGCACCCUGGCGGAGCUGGUUCAUCAUCACUCCACAGUGGCGGAUGGGCUGGUGACAACAUUACAUUACCCAGCGCCCAAGUGCAAUAAGCCAACAGUCUAUGGCGUGUCCCCCAUCCAUGACAAAUGGGAAAUGGAACGAACAGAUAUUACCAUGAAGCACAAACUUGGGGGUGGGCAGUAUGGAGAAGUUUAUGUCGGCGUCUGGAAGAAAUAUAGCCUUACGGUUGCUGUGAAAACAUUGAAGGAAGAUACCAUGGAGGUGGAAGAGUUCCUGAAAGAAGCUGCAGUGAUGAAGGAGAUCAAGCACCCUAAUCUGGUACAGCUAUUAGGUGUGUGUACUUUGGAGCCACCGUUUUACAUCGUGACUGAGUACAUGCCCUACGGCAACUUGCUUGAUUAUCUCCGAGAGUGCAACCGAGACGAAGUGACUGCAGUCGUACUGCUCUAUAUGGCCACUCAGAUCUCUUCUGCAAUGGAGUAUUUAGAGAAGAAGAAUUUCAUCCAUAGAGAUCUUGCAGCCCGUAACUGCCUAGUGGGAGAAAACCAUGUGGUAAAAGUGGCUGACUUUGGCUUAAGUAGACUGAUGACUGGAGACACCUACACUGCUCAUGCGGGAGCCAAAUUUCCUAUUAAAUGGACAGCACCAGAGAGUCUUGCCUACAAUACCUUCUCAAUUAAAUCUGACGUUUGGGCUUUUGGGGUACUGCUGUGGGAAAUUGCUACAUAUGGAAUGUCACCAUAUCCAGGUAUUGACCUGUCUCAGGUCUAUGAUCUACUGGAAAAAGGAUAUCGAAUGGAACAACCUGAAGGAUGCCCCCCUAAGGUUUAUGAACUUAUGAGAGCAUGCUGGAAGUGGAGCCCUGCCGACAGGCCGUCUUUUGCUGAAACACAUCAGGCUUUUGAAACCAUGUUCCAUGACUCCAGCAUUUCUGAAGAGGUAGCUGAGGAGCUUGGGAGGGCUGCCUCCUCCUCGUCUGUUGUUCCAUACCUGCCCCGACUGCCUAUACUUCCUUCUAAGACCCGAACGCUGAAGAAACAGGUGGAGAACAAGGAGAAUAUCGAAGGGACACAGGAUGCCACAGAAAAUUCUGCCUCUAGUUCAGCACCAGGGUUCGUUAGAGGUGCACAGGCCCCCAGUGGGUCCCCAGCACUGCCUCGAAAACAAAGAGACAAGUCACCCAGCAGCCUCUUGGAAGAUGCCAAAGAGACAUGCUUCACCAGGGAUAGGAAGGGAGGCUUCUUCAGCUCCUUCAUGAAAAAGAGAAAUGCUCCCACACCCCCUAAACGCAGCAGCUCCUUCCGAGAAAUGGAGAAUCAACCCCACAAGAAAUAUGAACUCACGGGUAACUUCUCAUCUGUUGCUUCUCUACAGCAUGCUGAUGGGUUCUCUUUCACUCCUGCCCAGCAAGAGGCGAAUCUGGUGCCACCCAAGUGCUAUGGGGGGAGCUUUGCACAGAGGAACCUGUGUAAUGACGAUGGCGGUGGGGGCGGGGGCAGCGGCACUGCUGGGGGUGGGUGGUCUGGCAUCACAGGCUUCUUUACACCACGCUUAAUCAAAAAGACACUGGGCUUACGAGCGGGUAAACCCACAGCCAGUGAUGACACUUCCAAGCCUUUUCCAAGGUCAAACUCUACAUCUUCCAUGUCCUCAGGGCUUCCAGAGCAGGAUAGGAUGGCAAUGACCCUUCCCAGGAACUGCCAGAGGUCCAAACUCCAGCUGGAAAGGACAGUGUCCACCUCUUCUCAGCCAGAAGAGAAUGUGGACAGGGCCAAUGACAUGCUUCCAAAAAAAUCAGAGGAAGGUGCUGCUCCAAGCAGGGAGAGACCAAAAGCCAAACUUUUGCCUAGAGGAGCCACAGCUCUUCCUCUCAGAACCCCCUCUGGGGAUCCAGCCAUUACAGAGAAGGACUCUCCGGGGGUGGGGGUGGCUGGAGUGGCAGCUGCCCCAAAGAGCAAGGAGAGGAAUGGCGGAGCGCGACUUGGCAUGGCUGGAGUCCCAGAGGACGGCGAGCAGACAGGCUGGUCUUCCCCGGCCAAGGCUGCAGCAGCCCUCCCGACCACUCACAACCACAAAGUGCCAGUCCUCAUAUCACCCACUCUGAAGCACACUCCAGCUGACGUGCAGCUCAUUGGCACAGACUCUCAGGGCAAUAAAUUCAAACUCUUAUCUGAGCAUCAGGUCACAUCCUCUGGAGACAAGGACCGACCCCGACGGGUAAAACCAAAGUGUGCCCCACCCCCACCACCCGUGAUGAGACUACUGCAGCAUCCGUCCGUGUGCUCAGACCCCACGGAAGAGCCGACCGCCCCCGCUGCAGGACAGCCCACGUCAGAGACACCGGAAGGAGGGAAGAAGGCAGCUCCAGGGGCAGUGCCCGUCAGUGGGAAAGCUGGGAGGCCAGCGAUGCCUCCGCCUCAAGUGCCUCUGCCCACCUCUUCCAUCUCGCCGGCCAAAAUGGCUAAUGGCACAGCAGGUACUAAAGUGGCUCUGAGAAAAACCAAACAGGCGGCUGAGAAAAUCUCAGCAGACAAAAUCAGCAAGGAGGCCCUGCUGGAAUGUGCCGACCUACUGUCCAGUGCAAUCACGGAACCCGUGCCCAACAGCCAGCUGGUGGACACCGGACACCAGCUGCUCGACUACUGCUCAGGCUAUGUGGACUGCAUCCCCCAGACUCGCAACAAAUUCGCCUUCCGAGAGGCUGUGAGCAAACUGGAACUCAGCCUGCAGGAGCUGCAGGUGUCUUCAGCAGCUGCUGGCGUGCCCGGGGCAAACCCUGUCCUUAAUAACUUAUUGUCAUGUGUACAGGAGAUCAGUGAUGUGGUGCAGAGGUAGCCACUGUUAGCCUAGUGGGAAGGUGCUCACAUUUCUGAGGGGAGAGGGAGAGGGGCUUGUUUUCCUGUGUUCUUGUUUUCAGAGAAUGAAAGACUGAUACUUGAGUGUGUUUAUGUGAAGUACCUCAGAUCUCUGAGUUCUCACGUUUACAGGUUCAUCUCAAAAAUAACAAAAAGCAGACACAUAGGACAGGGAAGUCGGGCGGGGGCGGAGCAGCGGCAGACGGGAGUGGAAGCUGCGCUGGUGCGUCAGGGGACGCGUGCAGGUCCCACCACGAAGAAGCGAGUGACAGGCUGUUCCCGGCAAGGCCGCGGGACGGCGCCAACACGGUGGAUUGGCUCUGGCUCUCGCUCUGCACCACACGGAGGGGAAUGGACUUGGGGCCCCUGGAGGUACUAAUGGCGAUUCUGCUCCAGCUCACCUAAUGAAUCGGGUGGGACAGAAGAGAAAGUUGGGAAUGUACCAAGAGAAGUUUCGCCGAGGCUGUUGGAAGCCGCUCUUUCCACAAGGUCACUGCUGGAGUAAGAGCUGCAGACCCGGGUGCUGGAGCCUGCUCCGGUCCUGUUUUCCAUUGGUGCAUUAGUCGGGGCAGGAAGAACAGAUGCUAGGAAGUGGUCAGAGUGAGACCUCCUCCUCGUGGCUUCACACCAAUGAGAAGUCACUUCUCCCAGUCCAGUAUGUCACUUCCUCAUGGACCACGGGUGGCUUUCUGCUUGUUGGCGUCUGUCUAUCAACAGCAGGCAUAGGGGGCUCCUCAGUGGUUUCUUCUCUGCUCUCUGCUGGGCGGGCCGUCUUCCUUCAUCUCUGGCAGCAUUCAGGGCAUUAACCAGAGUUGGUUUUGAAAACAGCGGUCACCAGGUUCUCUUGGGAACCCUUUUCUGAUACAGUGUCCCUGCACACCGACACCCCCGCCACGGGAUUGAGCAGCUGUGUAUUCCUUCUCCGGCUAAAAUGCCAGGAGAGAGGUCUCUUCUUGGAAUUCAACCGCCAGGGCCAGAGGUCUGUGACUGAAUGGAGAGGUUGGCUUGGUCCCAGUGGCCGUUUCUCUGUACCUUUCUCCUUCCUUAUCACCUUAGAGCCAGGCUAGGUAGAGAGCAGGAAGAAACAGUCUCUCACUCUCUGUGGAUUUCUGGUGAAUUACCCCAGAUUGCUCUCACGUGCUUUUCUCCUUUCACAUGCCCCCUCCCCCUCAUUGUUGUGCUUGCUUAUAAAUAUCAUAUUGGGACUAUUCUUUGAUAUUUAUUUUGUCAUUUCACCUCUAUUUGCAGAAUGCAUAAUUGAAGGGGCAGGUCAUUCCCAGGAAACACUGAUUAAAUCCUAAAAAUCUAGUGACUUAACCCUCCAAUAUGUUUUGCCCUUGAAAAAUAGGCCUGUUCCUUCCCUAUUGAGUUAUAAUCAUGGAAGCUAAUAGGAUCAUAUGGUACCGAACCUAAUUGAUUAGAGGUUAAUAUUCUUGAUAUCAGGUCUAAUUUUAAUUAACAUUUCAUUCUUGUUUUAGAGCUUUAUGACCACCCCCCCCCCCCCACCCGCCCACGGAGAAUAAAUUUUUUUCCUCCUAAAGGAGUUAUUAACCUAGGAAGAUAGGAAUUGAACACUGAUGAACUGUGAGUUCUCUUCCUAGCUAUGCGAUCUGUCCACUGUCAGGCCACAGCCCCAUCUCUUAAUCUGUUAAGUGAAGGUAAUGAUACAUCUUCUCAAGGGUGUUUUGCAAAUAAGUAUAUAGCUAUCCCCUGAGAGCCGCUUCAGUGCAGGGUCGUUACGGUGAAUGGUCUUUGAUUCUCUUUGCUCAGUGGCAGAUAAUGGAAAUUUAGAACUGCUGAGAGUAUGCUAACUGGGCUAGAAUACUAAGGAGGAAAAACUAUGUUUUGGACAGAGUUUGUCAUCUUUGACCGAGGAGGAAGUUUAGUUUUCAUUAGAAAGAAAAAAACUUUGAUUUUUACUAUGGCUGCUCCAAAGGAGGCCCAGGCCACGAGAAGGGUAAGGAGGGAGGAGACAGUCCUGGGCCUCCCUGGCUGGCUUGCGUGAGCCCCUUCUGUGUGUUACCUGCAGGUGCAGCGCAGGCAACUGGUGAUCUGGCUCAUCUUCUUGUAGUGGCUGGAUGUGAAGACAGGGUUCCCUGUGGCCUGGAUGGAGGCCCACGGUCCCCCCACCUUUUUCGUCGCCACUCCCCUUCAUCGGUCAUUUCCACACACUUGAAAUUGUUUUAGCAGUUAGCCUUUUAAGGGUGGGGCAGGGAAAGCUAAAACUUUAGAAUAUUAUGCUGCUUUUUAAGUUUAUCCGUCAUUGUGGGAUGCAAGUUGAGGGAUUAAUUAUGUAGUUGUUUUUUCAGGGGAUUUUUAUUUUAUUUUAUUUUUUUUUAAAGCAGGGGGUCUUUCCUUGAGAGCUCUGAAAAUAAGCCUUGGAGGAACACUACUGAGUGUAUGUAAGCUCCCCGGUUUCCUCACCGCAGAACAGUCUUGAGGGUGGGGACUGUGUCUUACUCAGGGGCAGCACCUGGCUCUGUCUUGCCUACGGUCGGUGCUCGACAAGUUCAUGAAAUGGAUUGCUUUUUCCCAACACUGUCAGGAGUAGCAUUAACUAUUGUAGCACACCCCAUCCACACGGUGCUUGAACUGUGUGACUUCAGGAGUUGUGGGCUCAGGGCUCAGGUUAAAGAGGCACUGUCAACUUACUAUGAAAGUAUAAUUUAGAUUUUGUUCCUCUUUCUAAUUGAAAAGGACCAGGUUUUAAAAAUAACCUUACAUAAAUUUAAAAGUUUCAGUUCACAGCAGAGAAAACUGCUUCUAGAAACUAAAAAACAUUAUCAAGUUUAAAUGUAAAGCAGGGGAGCGAGAGCCCUUCUUCAAGGUGUUGAAAACUUUCUAAAGUGGUUAUAUAUAUGCAUACUUUUGGGCUGUCACAGCUUGGAUCCUUUCAUGUACAGAUAAUAUGAUUUCAGCUUAGAUUUCUUACAUUAAAAUGCAGUGUUUUGUGUAGAAUACAUCUUGAUUGUGCUUUACGUGAAGUAUUUUCUUAAAAGGCUUUGUGUAAUAUUAAAGUGUGUAUAUUUUCCUACAGACUUGCAUUGUGAAUUUCAGAGAUCUAGCCUUAAAAAAGAUUGGCCCUACGAAAUUCAUCCAGUGUUUUUCCAGAUGACCGCUAUACGUUGACGUCAUUAUAGUAAGACCCUUUCCCAGCUCGAAUUAUGGGGGUUAAAUUAGAUUUUUUCUUACAGUUCAAUUGAAAAUUGGCUAGUAAAUAGUGCCCAGUUAAUAAAACAUGCUGACUGCUAA